GCCCCACAGCUCUGGUGGGCCGGUGGCAGGCUGGGGGAGGGACCGACCCCUGACAAGAAGCUGGGAUGCGCAGGGACGAGGGUGCUCACCUCCGCCGUUCUUGUAGCACAGCCUGGAGUCUUCCCCUCUGGGCGGCCCAUUCUUCCCCAGGCUCUGUCUAGCCUGCCUUUUCGGACCUCCCAGCCGGGACCGAGCGAGAGCUGGGUUCCGAGGCUCCUGAUCUGAUCAGACACUGAAGUCCCCAUUUGGCUCAUCCUGUCACGCUAAGCCUGCAGCCAUCCGGCAGCUUUAGGAAGAAAAGCAGUUCCAGCCCAAGCCAGAUUGAACCUGCUAGCUUGGUGCAGAACACUGCCUGAAGACAAAAAGGCCUUUAGAAGAGUGACCCAUACAUGGCCUGGAAGAACUGGUGCCACCCAAGGAACACGGACAAAGAGCAUUUCAGAGAGAAGAGGAUUCCAUGAAGUGGGCACAGAGAACUUUGUGGCUGCAGGAGGACGGAGUGGGGGACAUGCUGCUGCUCAAAAAGCACACGGAGGACAUCAGCAGUGUCUAUGAGAUCCGGGAGAAGCUGGGCUCGGGUGCCUUCUCCGAGGUGAUGCUGGCCCAGGAGAGGGGCUCUGCUCACCUCGUGGCCCUGAAGUGUAUCCCCAAGAAGGCGCUGCGGGGCAAGGAGGCCCUGGUGGAGAAUGAAAUCGCGGUGCUCCGCAGGGUCAGCCACCCCAACAUUGUGGCUCUAGAGGACGUCCAUGAGAGCCCUUCCCACCUCUACUUGGCCAUGGAGCUAGUGACAGGUGGCGAGCUGUUUGACCGCAUCAUGGAGCGGGGCUCCUACACAGAGAAGGAUGCCAGCCACCUGGUGGGUCAGGUCCUGGGUGCCGUCUCCUACCUGCACAGCCUGGGUAUUGUGCACCGGGACCUCAAGCCUGAAAACCUCCUCUAUGCCACACCUUUUGAGGACUCCAAGAUCAUGGUAUCUGACUUUGGCCUCUCCAAAAUCCAGGCUGGUAACAUGCUAGGCACAGCCUGUGGGACCCCAGGAUAUGUGGCCCCAGAGCUCCUGGAGCAGAAACCCUAUGGGAAGGCCGUAGAUGUGUGGGCCCUGGGUGUCAUCUCCUACAUCUUGCUGUGUGGGUACCCCCCCUUCUACGACGAGAGCGACCCCGAACUCUUCAGCCAGAUCCUGAGGGCCAGCUACGAGUUUGACUCUCCCUUUUGGGAUGACAUCUCAGAAUCAGCCAAAGACUUCAUUCGGCACCUUCUGGAGCGCGACCCUCAGAAGAGGUUCACCUGCCAACAGGCCUUACAGCACCUUUGGAUCUCUGGGGAUGCAGCCUUGGACAAGGACAUCCUGGGCUCAGUCAGUGAGCAGAUCCAGAAGAAUUUUGCUCGGACCCACUGGAAGCGAGCUUUCAAUGCCACCUCGUUCCUGCGCCACAUCCGUAAGCUGGGGCAGAGCCCAGAGGGUGAAGAGGGCUCUCGGCAGCGUAUGACCCGUCACAGCCACCCAGGCCUUCAGGCUGGCCAGCCCCCCAAGUGGUGACCCCCAGGCAGAUGCGAAGGAAGGCCAAGCACCUGACCCCAGCUUUCCUUUCCUUGGGCUCUUUGGUCCCCUUCCUCAGCCCUCUUACCUUGCUGGCCUCUGCUGGAGACUUGGAGACUGGAUGUAGCACAUGGCUGUGGAGCAAGGGGCGCCCCAGUCUGCCCCCAGGCCCUAUCCUCACCUGGGGUGGAAGCUUCCUUCCCCUGUUGCUGCCAGCCUCUCCGGAAGUGAGGAGGGUUGGUCGGCGGACUCCCGGGGCUGCCCUUCCUGCACUUUGCACGCGCACGCGCUUUCCUGAGCUUGGCUGACUGUGGGUGGUCCCGCUUGUGCUGCAGCCCUCCAGCCCUCCAGCCCCUCCCAGUUUCCCCCAAUCAAUAAACAAGACAGAGCAA